UUUGCUACAGUCAUGUGGUUAUGCAUGGAUGGGGUGGGUCUAUACUGCUGUUUUUGCAGUCAGUUUGAUAUUUUCUAGGUACCGCUAAAUUAUGUGGGGCUUAUUUCAACGACGAUUAUCACCAGCUGAUUUCUCCGUAAACCAUCGAUCAUAGUAUCUUGCUGCAAGCAGCUAGCUAACGGUUAGGUGGUUACUGUAGCUCACAAUUGUGUGAGAAAAAAUGGCUAUGAGGCCUGCUGUUUUGGGAAAACGAUCGGACCUACAAGACUAAGAAAAACACAGACAUGACUUCCCAGCUCCAGGUCUUCUCCUCUCCCUCGGUCUCCUCCAGCGCCUACACCCGCUCCAAGAAACUGAAGGUGGAGAACAGUGUGUGUGGUGUGAGCAGCCAGGUGGGCGACAACAACAACAACAAUAAUAAUAAUAACAACAACAACACUUACUACCAGCAGGGCCCUGUCAGAGGCCCCUCCCCCUCUGGAUCAAGUUACAAUCCAGCAUACAGCUCCACCUCCCACCAGGGGUAUCCAUCAACAGGGGCGGGCUCCCGGGAACAGACAGUCGUGCGAGCGGCUGACAGCACCGGCAGCGCCCGAGGACCACCUUCUUCUUCAUCUUCCUCCUCCUCUGCCAGCCGCCGUGUCAAGGAUGCCGCGUCCUCUUCCCAGCCAGGCGACCUAUACCAAAAGCAGUAUGGGAAUAGCCUGAAGAGGAAGAGUGUGGAGGUGGACAGCAGCGACAGUGUCCAGAUUCUGGAGGAGCUCUCGGCCCCCGUUCUCUCCAACCGCACGGCCGCUGGUGGGGGUACUACCACAGCCCAGUCCAUAGCCCAUUCCACCUCAACCACCAAGAGUAGCAACUCUCACAGUGAGGGUGACUAUCAGCUAGUGCAACAUGAGAUCCUGUGCUCUGUGGCUAACAGCUAUGAGGUCCUUGAGUUCCUGGGGAGAGGCACAUUUGGUCAGGUGGCUAAAUGCUGGAAGCGUGGCACCAACGAAAUCGUGGCCAUCAAGAUCUUAAAGAAUCAUCCCUCGUAUGCCCGGCAAGGUCAAAUUGAGGUUAGUAUCCUGAGCAGACUGAGCACAGAGAACGCAGACGAGUUUAACUUUGUGCGUUCCUAUGAGUGUUUCCAACACAAGAACCACACCUGUCUUGUGUUUGAGAUGUUGGAGCAGAACCUAUAUGACUUCCUCAAGCACAGCAAGUUCAGCCCGCUGCUGCUCAAGUCCAUCCGGCCGGUGCUUCAGCAGGUGGCCACGGCCCUGAUGAAGCUGAAGAGCUUGGGUCUGAUCCAUGCUGACCUGAAGCCGGAGAACAUCAUGCUGGUGGAUCCUCUCAGACAGCCCUACAGGGUGAAGGUCAUAGAUUUCGGCUCUGCCAGUCACGUCUCCAAGGCCGUGUGUUCCACCUACCUGCAGUCGCGUUACUACCGGGCACCAGAGAUCAUCCUGGGUCUUCCCUUCUGUGAAGCUAUAGAUAUGUGGUCUCUGGGCUGUGUUAUUGCUGAACUGUUCUUGGGUUGGCCUCUUUAUCCUGGUGCCUCAGAGUAUGAUCAGAUCCGGUACAUCUCCCAGACCCAGGGCCUGCCUGCCGAAUACCUCUUGAGUGCCGGCACUAAGACCAGCCGCUUCUUCAACAGAGGCCCUGACUCCAGCUACCCCCUCUGGAGGCUCAAGACUCCUUCAGAGCACGAGGCGGAGCUGGGAAUAAAAUCCAAGGAGGCUCGGAAAUACAUCUUCAACUGUUUGGAUGACAUGAUGCAGGUGAACAUGACGAGUCUGGAGGGGACCGAUGUCCUGGCAGAGAAGGCUGACCGCAGGGAGUUCAUUGACCUGCUGAAGAAGAUGCUAACGCUGGACGCGGACAAACGAAUCACCCCCAUGAAGACCCUGAACCACCCCUUUGUCACCAUGACGCACCUCCUGCACUUCCCGCACAGCUCUCAUGUGAAGUCCUGCUUCCAGAACAUGGACAUCUGCAAGCGCAGGGUGAGUGCCUUCGAGAGUGGGAAGAAUCUGUUUUCCAGCAACGCCACGCCCAGCGCUGCUGCCAACCUCACAGUCACAUUCAGCAGUCAGCUGAACCAGCACAGCCAGAUGGCGUCAUCUGGUGGCCAGUCUCUGUCCCUGAGCAGCAACGUCCCGCUACUCAACUACCAGCCGGGUCAGCCAGGUCUGUACCAGCAGGCGACCAUCAACAUCCCUGGUCUCACCCAGCAGAGUGUCCCUUUACAGACCCGAUCCUCUCAGCUGUGUGGCCAGACCGAGCCCUUCCAGCAGACCCUCAUCGUCUGCCCACCCACCAUCCAAGGCCUCCAGACGUCAGGUAAACACUCUGGUUUCCCAGUGAGAAUGGAGAACUCGGUUCCCAUGGUUCCCCACAACCAGUCCUCUCAGCCUCUCCAUCUUCAGCCAGGGAUGCUCACACAGGCCUCCUGCAACCCCCUGAUGGUAGCCACCCUACGCGGCCCGGUGCCAGGAAUGGUCCCACUGUAUUCGCUGGCCCUCGGCCGUGGGGCCGGAGUGUCUGGCCUACUGGAUCAGAGCCCAACCCUGCUGCAGGGCUGGCCUGCAGGCACCCAGCAGAUCAUUAUCCCCUCCACGUGGCAGCAGAUGCCGGGCAUGGCCAUCCACAACCCUAGCCAGUCCCAGACACUGGUUCCUGACUCGCCCAUGGGAGUCCCCCUGUCUGGGGGAGAUGGCUCAGGACAGCAGGCCUCCCACUGGAGGGGUCGUCAUGGAGGUCAUUACGAUGGCGUCCCGCAGGUGGAGCAUGCCCUGGGGCGUCACGCAACCAGAGCCCCCUCCCAGGCAAGGUCGCAGCAGGGGAAAAGGUCCAAGGCUCGACAUGCAGACAGCAGGCCCAGGCCUGCGUCUUUGCUGCAUCCGGCUGCCUCUGUAGUCCACAACACCCCUCUGCCAGCCUUCAGCGGGGACCCCAUAGUCAUCUCCGAUACGCCCAGCCCGGCGGUCAGCAUCAUCACCAUCCACAGCGACACCGAGGACGAGGAAGACCGGAAGGUCCCAGCUACCAGCUCGGGUGCCAAUCAGCGGGCCAACGUGAUCAGCUGUGUGACAGUCCACGACUCUCUCGACUCGGACUCGUCCACCAGCAGUCCCCUGAGCCCCAAGUGCCUGGCCAACAACUCGUCCUUGUCCCAGACCUCCCACUUCUCCUCAUCCAAGUCCCUGGCCAUCAUCCUGCCCUCUGUGAAAACCCAGCCUGGGGAGAGCAGAGCGCACAAACCUGAUCAAUCCGCCCAUGUCGCUGGUAAGUCAAAGAAGGGAAUGGCUCAGCAUUCCAGCAGGUCAGGAGGGGACUUGAGCUCUGAUCGCCACCAGAGUGCCAGAUCCAGCAGAUCCCAACCACUCAACCUGAGUCAGGUACAGCAGUCUGUGAUGUCCUCGUCACAAGACGGAACAGAAGGCAACAGCAGCUCCUUGCGCCGCCCACCCACCUACCCUCCUCCUGUCUCGUCCCACUCCUCCUUCCGCCUUCACGAGGCUGCCUCCAUCUUCACCUCCACACCUAACCUGUACGCCUACCCUGCCUCUGCGGCCCUGGCCUCUGUCUCGCAGGCUGUGGACCAGCUUCACGCCGGAGGCUCUUCUCGACAGGCCCGGCCUAGCGGGCCCUACUCCUCCCUGGGGCUCCUCCACGCCCAAGGCCAGUACCACCACCAGCAGCAGCAGCAGCUGGCGGCCCAGCCUUACCCCGUCCCCAGAUCCAGCACGGCAGCUUACCAGCUCAGCCAGAGAAAGCUUAGCCAGUACCCCUACCUGUGAGGAAUAAAGGCUGCAUGACACCAAAUUCCAUAGUCUAUUUCUGUGGACCGAACUUCUUUAGCCCAGCAGAAGACCAAACAGAGACCAAGAUUAUAAAGGUGUGUACCACUGUAAGUUUAGUACAGGGACAGAAAUGUGCAAUUUAUUAAUGCUUUGUUUUACAUUAUUUUAACAGCUUUGUGGGUGAUACAUCUUUAUUUUAUUUUUAUUAUUUCAGAGAUUUUAAAGUGGUAAAUACUGUGUUUAUUUACUUCCUGGUUAUGGAAUUAAAGAAAAACAAAAAAUGAUCAUAGAUAUUUCUCCUAUGUAUUUAGUUUUACAGUAUUUGCUUUUAUUGUAAUAGCUUAUAAUAGCCUACCUGUCAAAAGCACCAAACCUUGUAUCCUUUACUCUGUCGUUAUCAUGACAUUUUAUUUCCAUUGUUAUUUUUUUCCAUGUACUUUUCUAAUCUGCUAGAGCUAUAACAGUAUUUUAUCAUUGUUUAAUGUGUCUAAGCAUUUUAAAAGACAGUGAAAAUUUUUUUUUUCUUCUGUUAAAUGUUAUUCGUGUUUCUAUGUUAAAAAACUAAAGAUAAAAUAAUGCUUUGAUAUAAUGUGUUACCUUGUCUAAGACCUCUGACAUUGCCCUUUGCCAACAGUAAUGUCUUUUGUAUGUGUGUGGUCUUGACGAGUUCUCUCAUUGAUUCUACUUGUUAGUCACGUGUUAAUCAUCACAUCACCAUAGGCCUAUUGUGUCAAUUUGGUGUGCAUGGCUUAUUGCCCUGGGGGGGUGGUGACUUCACUUAAGGGUCAAUGAAAUUACCUACAAUGUUCAAAUUCUGAGGCACCAGACCGUGAAAAAUGUACUCCCUUAAUGAUAGGCCUUAGUCUCCUGUUUCGUUUUUUGUCGAUAAGUACUAAACUAGUUUUCAACUUCUCAUGUCUUACGACAUAUAUAGUAAAACUGUAUUACGUUAGGGGCUUGUUUCCCAGACCCAGGUAAAGUCUACUCUUGUUCAAUAGAGUAUGUUGUUCACAUGUUUACAGUAAUCUGCAUCCAGAGAGCAAUGUGUUUUUAGUCGUUGUUAAGGAUGCAUGUGUCUUUUCUGGAGUAGGAUAUACAAGGGUGUUUAGUAGGCCGCCUAUGGUAAAUAGAAUGUCUAAAUGGUGCAACUGAUGUAUAUGUUAAAUGUGGAUAGGAACUUAAA